CAACAAGCAUACAUUCUUCAUCUUCCCCAUCAAUACCUCUCUCAUUAAAACCCUACUCUGCAGACUAUAGAGAGAGAAAGAAUCAUUCUCUCUCUAAAAGGUCUGAAUUUAUAAAUAGAGAGAAAUAUUCUUUAGUAAUGGGCGGCGGGAAGAGAUUCGCCGUGCUUCUGUGCGCGGAGGAUUCCGACUACGUCAAAAAGAGGUACGGCGGUUACUACGGCGUUUUCGUCGACAUGCUGGCGGAGGAAGGCGAGACUUGGGACGUCUUCAGGGUGGCCAGCGGCGAGUUCCCCGACUACGAACAGAUCGGCCGCUUCGACGGCUUCGUCAUAACCGGGAGCUGCAAUGAUGCGCACGGCAAUGGCGACUGGAUCUGCAAGUUGAUCUCUCUACUGAAAAAAUUGGAUUCACUGAACAAAAAAGUUCUUGGGAUCUGCUUUGGUCACCAGAUUCUUUGUCGCGCACUGGGAGGAAAGACAGGACGAGCCAUCUCAGGCUGGGACAUUGGCCUCAGAACGAUUCAUUUAUCACCAUCUGCAUCCAAGCUCUUCUCGUCUCUCGAAAUCCCGACCACUCUCUCCAUUAUCGAGUGCCACCGCGACGAGGUUCAUGAACUACCGCCGAGAGCGGAGGUGAUUGCAUGGUCCGAGAGAACCGGGGUCGAGAUGUUUAGGUACGGGGAACACAUGAUGGGCAUCCAAGGUCACCCUGAGUACGUCGAAGACAUCCUUAUUCACCUCAUCGACCGUCUCCGACAACGGAACUUCAUCGCGGACUCGGAUGCCGAUGAGUUGAAGGCAAAGCUGGGGAAAGUGGAACCUGAUAAAGAGGCAUGGAAAAAACUCUGCACCGGCUUCCUCAAGGGUAGAUUAUGAUUGGAAAAUUAUAUUUUCAAUUGUGGAUAUGAACUCUUUUUAGAGAAGCAAAUUGAAAGUUAAUUAUAUUUAAGAAGCU